ACUCUACAGACCCUUAUGUGCAAAACAAUACAGUUUAGGGUUACACGCUGCUCCUAUCAGAUUAUAAAACCACAGCUUAGCAAAACACUCAACUUCUUCUCGUAAAAAAACCCCUAGCGGCCACACAGAUCCUCUCCAAUUAGGGUUUAUUGAAUUUAAAAUUCAACAAGCAACCAUGGCGGAUGUGGAGACAGAGGUGGCAACAGGACAGCCAAAGAAGAGAACAUUCAAGAAGUUUAGUUUCAGAGGAGUGGAUUUAGAUGCACUUCUUGAUAUGUCCACUGAUGAGCUUGUUAAGCUCUUCACUGCCCGUGCUCGCAGAAGGUUCCAAAGAGGACUUAAGAGGAAGCCUAUGGCUUUGAUUAAGAAGCUACGCAAGGCGAAAAGGGAGGCCCCUCCUGGUGAGAAGCCAGAACCAGUCCGAACCCAUCUCCGUAACAUGAUCAUUGUUCCUGAAAUGAUAGGAAGUGUUAUUGGGGUGUACAAUGGGAAGACAUUCAAUCAAGUUGAAAUCAAGCCUGAAAUGAUUGGUCAUUAUCUAGCUGAGUUCUCAAUCUCAUACAAGCCUGUCAAGCAUGGUAGACCUGGUAUUGGUGCCACCCAUUCAUCUAGGUUCAUUCCUCUCAAGUGAAAAGUUUGUCUUCAGCUUGGAUGCUCCGUUCCUCUCUAUUAUAUGAAGACGUCUAUGUUGAUGAAAUUUUUGUCUAUUUAAAUUGUUUCUUUGUGUUCUUAGGUCUUUAAACUGGUAUUCUAUCUAGAGAUUUUGACUUUACUUCUGUUUGAAAGACCUGUUCUGUUUUUUUUAUGGUAGUCAAAAUAUGUUGGAUUUCACAAA